CCAAUGGCAACCAUGAAGACGUGUAUUAAAUAAAUGUUUACAUGUUUCGUAUAUUUUGAGUUUACCUAUUAUGUGUGUCGAUAUUUAAUUCUGUGUCUCUUUCUCAGUCUUCCCAAUUUUAAUUAUCUUCACCACCUGGCUUAUCAAUUAAAAAGCCUUAAGUCCAUAAUUCAUCACAUAACAUCUUUAAUGCGUGUUAUAGAAACUUCAAACUGAUAGACUUUAUAAUAUGAUCAUAUUUGUGUGUUUUUUAUGCCUACAGCUUGUACCCAAUGACUCUUGUUUUUAUUUAAAGUAAGCAGUAACAUCGUAAUGAUUUGCUGCUGAUUUCAUUAUUUUACUUAUGAAAUUCCAAUAUUGAAUUAGUCUUUUUCAUAAGAUCUACUUUGGUGAAUGUGUUUGAAGUUAAAAUGACUUUGAUCAACCGAGGAAUCAACUAUGUCACCAUCUGGUUUUCUACAUUGGUUACUUUCAUUAUUCUUGGGAUUCGCAAAAUAAAACCAGCUUCAGCUUUAACCCAUUCAUUAUCUGUUGAUUCUUUUAGAUCAUCUACGCCUCAAGAGAAAUUUGAUGAGCUUCUAGAUAAUGAAGAAUAUGAGGAAGCAUUGAAAAUUGCUAAAAGACAUAAUCUUAAUGCUGAUCCUGUUUAUAAAAAGAAGUGGACCAAAUCAAGGAUUACAACUGAUACCAUUAGACUUCUUUUGACUCCAAUUCAAGAUCAUAGUUGGGUUAUUUCACAGUGUUUAACUGGUAUCGCUAAUGACAUUGAUUCAAAUCGUGAAUUGCUACAAUUUGGCCAGGCCUUAGUUGAAGAACUCCUGGAUUCAACUGAAAGUAAAAAGAACCAGGACGAUGGAAAAUCAGUUCAAAGUGGUGGUGAAAGCAAAACUAUCCAUGCUGUGGACGAGAUAGUUGAUGGAGAUGAAAUUUCAGAUGUCAGCUCUAAUUUAUCCUCUGAGUCCUUAAUAAAUGAUGGAUUUGAAUGGCAAGAUUUGACUAAAGUUGAUUUCAAUCAUAUGGAGGAGGAUGUGGAAGUCUUGUUUACAUAUAGAUACCUAUUCAUUAAAUAUCUUGUCCGUUUAAAGUCAUUUGAGAAAAUUUUAUCUUGCAACUCUAGAGACCCUGAGUGUAUUGACCAAGACCAUUGGAAACAUUUCAGGAACGCUUCAUGUUUUGAGAUACUUCUUGACCUUGCUCAUAAAAGUGAAUGGCGAUCUAUCAAAAUCAUCCUUUCUCGUCAUGUUCUUGAUACUAAAGAACACUGGUUGACCAUACUUUCAAAUUUUCCCGAAACACUUAAACCUGCCUUGUACCAAGAUUUAUUACCUUGUUCUGAUAAUGAAAGUGGUGAAAUUUAUCCGUCAUUCAAACAACAACUGAAACGGGAUUCUAGCACCCAUGAUGAAAUUGAAUGGUGUUAUCAAUUGCGGGAUAUAUUAAAGUUGGAGCAAAAUCAAAACCAAUUCAUAGAGAAUUUUUAUGAAAAGAAUCCUUUCUUCUCCGACUUCCGUAGAGUAAAGCUGGAUACAAGUGUCGUAUCCUCAUGGUUCCUCAUUCGAGCUCGCGAAAUUGAAGUCAGAUCAUCUUUAGUCUCUAAUGCUAUUGAGUUAUUGGAACUUGGUAUAGAUCGUAAUAUUCCUGAUUUGUAUGUAUUCAAAGAUGAUCUUGAUACUUAUGCAACUUUGGUUUAUCAAUGUUUUCCCAUGUACAACUUGGAUGAUAUUGGUUUCAGUGAAUUUGAACGGCUGUCAAAAGAAGAACGAGUUAAUUUGUUAAUGUUAGGAGCUAGUGAUGAUGAAAAACGUUUCAGCGACUGUCUACAUCGAUUUCUACUUCCAUAUCUUCAUAAAAUAUCUCAAGACCAGAAAGAAGAGAAGGAACUUUUGUGGGAUUUUAUUGUUAAUUCAGCCAAACACAAACUAAACAUUGUGCAAAAAUUAUUCAUUGAUUAUAAAAUGAGUAAAGAGCUGGGCUCUAUUUCUGGACAAGAAAUUAUUCAAAGUGAAGAAGAAUUGGUUGAUUAUGGUAUAAAAUGUAUCUAUGCAAAUGAACGUACGGAUCAAUUGGAUGCUGCAUUCAACAUCGUCGAAACAUUUCCAGAGCCAGAUAGUCAAUUUUUCCUAUUGGACAAAGAGCGAAAUGAUAAAACCAUUCGAUUGUAUAAAAGGUUGGAAGUUGCUGAGCUUCUUGAGCAAUACAAUUAUUAUAUUACCGUUCAAAGACUGGAAGAAAUGGUUAAUGAAAAAGACAAAGCAGGGAUUAAAGGUAUCUUGAAUAAGAUAACUCGAGAUUUUUGUCGUAAGGUCGACUCCGUCACUUUAAAAGAACAAGAUUGGUUACAAUUUUUAAAGGAUCUCGAACGCAUAAGGAAUUCCUGUUUUUAUGGUUUUUUCCCUCUUGAAGAUGUUUACGAGGUUUUUAUCAAAGGAAUACUAACCUCUGGAAGACUGGAACACUUUAGAUUUAUAUCAAAUUUUAUGCAACUCGACCCCAACCUGCCUUCAAAUAGAUUGAUUUCUUACGAUAAAUCAGUUGAAAUAAUUCUUGAUGCCGCUCAACAUUAUGUCAAUUCGGCCAAUUCUGUCACUGAUGAAAUUAUUGAUACUGCGAAAAAGUGUUUGGCUAUUCUCGGAGAAGCUGCUGCCUCUAAAGUAAUUGGAAUAAAAAAAGAGAAAGAUUUUAUUGAAGCAUUGUCCAUUUUAGGAAAAGACUUUGACUUUAAUAUUCUACCAAUUCAGAUAAGAUUGAUGGAAGACUCCAAAAUUGAAUUGAUUCAUCAAAUAAUUUCAAGUUCACCUAAAGCUUACAAGAAAACCAAUGAAUUUAUAAAAUUGUCCAAAAUAUUAAACAUCUUUGGAGAUGAAAGCUCCGAUGAAGCAAAUGAAGUUAAACUUCUCACUAUACUUGGAAAUUAUGCUUACGAAAGGCAAGAUUACAAUCAUUGUUGGACUUUGUGUAAGAUAAUUAUCGACAAGAACUACACAACUGGGUGGAGAUUAUGUGAACUUUUGGGAAAUUCAUCAUCAUUUAAGAAUAACUAUUCUCGACUGAAACUACUCUCAUUUGCAGUAAUUCAUUGUGAUGAUGAUGGACUUAUUUUUGAAAUUUUAAGCAACAUCAAAAAAUUAAAAUUGGUUUUAUUAGAAGAGUCGAUGAAUUGUUUGAAGCAGCAAGAGCAACACGAGUUAUCUGGUUUACCAUCAACAUUCUCAUCGAUUUCAUCUACAUCAUCAUCUUUGUUAUCUUCACUUCCAACCAUCGAGAUUACAAGUAAACUAAUUAAAUCAAUGACUAGACUAGCUGAACAAGGCAAUACAGAAUCGGAGUCAAAUGCAAUAAAGCAAACACCUUUAAACCAAUCGUACAACUCGAUAAAUAUCAAUCCAUUUUAUUACGAUGCCUUUCCAAACAAUUCUCACUUUAACUUCAACCUAAACAAUUUUGAUUAUUCCUAUCUGGGCUUUGGUGAUCUUUAUUCAAAUCAAAUUAAUCUGGAGCUAUCUAAUCAUCAAAUUAAGCUGCGAACAGAAAUGCUCAAGAAAGAUAUAAACUGGGAAACAGUACGCUCCUUAUGCAUCAAAUUAAGCAGUUAUCACCAACCUGUUGACACUUUAUUGUGUAUUUCAUCUAUUUUACCUCUCAAAGGAGACAAUGACGAGCUUCCAUUUAAAAAAAUUAGUCCUAAAUCGCCUGCUUUGAUUUUCACGGCAUUAUAUUUUUACUCUCUUGUACUUUACUUGAAAAACCUUGGUCUCCGUGGUAAAGAUGAUUGGCCUAACAAUAUUGCUUCCGAACCAAUGAGCUCAAUAAUUACUAAAGCUGAUCAAAUCUGUAAAGAAUCAUAUUCCAAUGAACCUGAUUAUCCAUUUAAAAGAGAGAAACAAUUGAUCGAACAAUACUUUGAAAUGUAUUGCAAUAUCAUUCAAAGUGAUACUAUUGCUUCUCUUGAUUCUAGUGUUGAUGUGGAGAGGUUUGCCUGUGAAAUUGAUUAUCGUUAUGACACCCUACUUGGUUUAGCAAUGACUACAGAUGAGAAAAUUUUCAAUGUUGUCAUUUCAUUGGGAAAACAGUAUUCAGUGCCUUUAACAGAUUUAUAUCUAACCCACCUGGAAUUUUUACUCACUGAUCCUACGAAUGAUGUAGAGCUGAUUGCGAACAAAGUAUUUAAAAACGAUGAUUUUGAGGCGAUUCUUAAAGAAAAUGCUAACCAAUUGGAAAACUAUUUCGAGAAGAGGAUAUUUCCAUUGGUUUCACCUGAUGACCACAACAGAUUGGUUCUCUGUUAUCAAAUUAUUGAAAAAUUUUGUUAUCCACCAGUUUCAUCCUCUUCAUCUGAUGAAAACGUUGAACCUGGUGAUGUUGAAAAAAUUUAAUUCUACAAACCAAUGUAAAACAAUGUUAAUAUUCAUAAUAUACAAUAUUUAUUUUGAUGUCCAAAUAAUUAAAGAAAAAGCUCACAGCUUAACCAAUAAAUUCGUUUUCUUCUUUUUCCAA